UAAGAGCAUGUAGAUUGCCUCAGAAUGUAAAAAAAUUGGUACAAGGCAGGUACCACCGUUUUUUGCAAUUAAACUUACCACCACCACAUAAUUGACGGCACGUUUCACAUAUUGGUAAAAACGUUACUAAUGUUUGGUUGACAGUCGGUGAUUCGUAUUUCAAUUUGUCGGCACAAACAACUUAAAGAGAAGAAACGUUAGCUACCUACAGUAAAAUGAGGAGCAACUCGUCCACCUCAAUGGCUCAGACUCUCAGCUUCGGGUCUGCCCGUCAAAGCUGACACAUGGACUGUUGGACUCAGCUGUCGAGCAGCUAAUGGUUCGGGGGGAUUUCCAAGCUGCUUUCGACACAUGUGAGAGAGGUCUGGAGAGCCUUUUAAACGCAGAGCAAAAAAUCAGCAGCUGACUUUCAGGUAUGGGGAGAUGAAGGCUGCACUCAGCAUUGUGGGGAUUCAAGCAAUGGCUGAACUCAAUCAGUGGCCUGGUGCACUGGCAUGGAUUCUGCAGCAUUAUGAGUGCCCUGAGAAAAUACCUGCCAAAAUAAUGCAGAUGUGCAUGCUCUUCUACACCAAAGUGGGUGGUGAGCAAGCUAUGAUGCAGGAGGCAGGCAAUGUUUGGCUGUGCUGCCCAUCCAAUGGGAGAUUGGCAGGAUCUGGGACUGUAGCAGAGCUGUAUUUACUGCAUAUUCUAGUGCCUUUAGGUCAUAUGACAGAGGAACGGGAGUUGGUUUUUGGUGAGGUCGGAGGUAUUGCAUUCACAGAGGACCAGAAACAAGCAGCACUGGAUAUCGUGGAGAAUAAAGAGAACCUCAGCCAAGAACAAUCCCCAAGCCCUAGUCCCAACCCCAGUCCUGUGGUGGUGGCUGCUGGACUUAACACACCUCAAGGUGCUGUGAUUCAGAAACUUGAGGCCUUGCUUAGACUUUUGAACAGAGGAAUAUCGGUAGCCAGUGCUGGGUCAUUCCUUAUUCGGAGAGUCUUUCUGGCUGUGGUCCUUCUCUACAUGCUUUUUGUCCGGAUGGAUCCAGCUCAUCCCUCAUCUUUCCCCUGGAUCUCACAGCUGCUGCAGAUGCUGAAGCAGAUGUGGGACGCCAUGUUUGCUCCUUACUAUCGAGCCUGAGCUCAGAGCUAACUGUAAAACCAUACAGCCUGGUGCUGGGAUAUCAGGUUUAAAUUUGACUGAGACCGAAGAGCUCACCAUUGACCCUCUAAUCAUGUAAAUAUUAAUAAGUGACUGAGAUAAAUAGAGAAAUUCAGGGGGACUUUUGUUGGCAAAAACAACGUGAAUACCUGUGAAGGCAGAAUGUGAACAUGGAUACCUGUGAAGGCAGAAUGUGAAAAACAUGGAUACCUGUGAAGGCAGAAUGUGAAAGUAAUAGGCAGAAUUAAUUUCCCUGGUGUUGCAGAUUCAGUUGCUCCCAUAUACACUGCUCAAAAAAAUAAAGGGAACACUUAAACAA